UUAAAAAUGUGACCACAACAACAUUGGAAAACAAGUCCGAGUCUUGAUUUCAAUCUUAUACACCAAUUUUCUCCAUUUCAUCGUUGAAACGAACCACCAACCGCGUCGAUUUCCCCCUUCUGUAAAACCCAACUUCGUUUCUUCUGCGAUCCAUUCACUGCCUCAACCUCCACUUCACUUCACCGCAAAAAAAUCUCGUUAAAUGGCUAGGAUCAAGCCUCAGGCUCUGUUACAGCAAAGCAAAAGGAAGAAGGGGCCUUCUCGCAUUAGCGCGGCUACUAUUAUAUUUUAUGCUUUGAUUCUUGUGUUGGUUGGGUUUUUCCUUUUGGCUACAUACAGACAUUGGUCCAACAGAUCAAGAUUGCAAUUAGAAAACAACUCGACAAUAUCUGAUGAGGGUGAAAAUAGUUUUGUGGACUCAAAGAAAUCUGAGCUACCUGGAUAUGCUGUUUUAAAUACCUCUAAAGGGUCGAUAAUAGUAGAACUGUACAAGGAAAGUGCUCCUGAAGCUGUUGAUGAAUUUAUCGACUUAUGUCAAAAAGGGCACUUCAAAGGGAUGCUUUUUCAGCGUGUAAUUAAGCACUAUGUAAUUCAGGCAGGGGAUGGCCAAGGAACAGGAGCAGCUGAUUGGAACUUAAGAGGAAAGCAACCUACAAGUAUGAAACACGAAGCGUUCAUGCUUGGAACAUCGAAGGGCAAACACACCAACAAAGUAUUUGACCUCUUCAUUACAACUGCACCGAUCCCAGAUCUUAACGAGAAGCUUAUUGUGUUUGGGCAAGUCAUCAAGGGAGAGGACGUUGUUCAGGAAAUUGAAGAAGUGGAUACCGAUGAACAUUACACUCCCAAAAUAUCUAUUGGAAUACUUGACGUGACUCUCAAACAAAAGAUCUGAAGUCUCUCUCCUAGAUCAAGAGCAUAACGAGCGCUCACGGUUCACUUAUAACAUGUUUUGUUGCUCCGGUCUAAUCUGUUGUACAGGAUGAUGAACAUUGCGAAGUUCAUCUGGGGGGCAUCUAUCAAAUUUUUGAGCCUUGAUGUUGUUUUUUCUUUUGCUAUUUUUAGUUAUGAACAGUGAUACAGGGGUUAUGCAAUCUCCUAUUCUUGCCUCUUUCUGUUACUUUAUUUGUUUUUUUUUCUUCUUUUCUAUUUCAUUUGAUUUUUGAGAAGGAAAGGCGGCGGGAUUUGUGUAUGCUUGUAAGAUUUGGUUAUUUUUCUUUUUUAUUUUAGCAUCAUUACUCUUUAUUUGUAGCCUCAAUGAGUUCACAAGAUACUCUUAACUUGAAGUUUAUACGUCUUUUGUACUUUCACUAAUGCCAAGUUUUGUAAUGUUAUCUUAAA